GGAAAGGCUAUGCGUUUCCUACUGAGCCUGGCGGAGUCCUCUGGCGAUGCCGGCAGCCUGAAGGCUGCCCUGGCGCACAUGGGGGAAGCAGAUGCAAGCCCAGCAGCUGGUGCUGUUGCGACCAGGCAUGGAGAAGGAUGUGGCCUUGGUGCCUAUGCCGCCCGGCGAACCGGCGAUCCCUGAUCAUCACCUGCGCCAGUGCGCGUCCGAGGCAAGAUGGAUGGGAUGGCGUGUGCGAUGUCCCGUAGAUUGAGGUGCUGUUGGAAGUGUGGGCCAGGUCGGGCCGCCCGGGAUGGAGGGCGCCCUGGCAGCGGCAGCAGUUCCAUCCGGGGUUGGUGGCGCCGGCAAGAGCGGUGGCAGCAGUAGCAGUGGCGCUGAGGGGAGCAUCGGUGCUGGGGCUGGCGGCGGCGCCGAGGGCUGCAGCAGCAGCACUGGCGGCGGCGCCGGAGGCUGCAAUGGUGUUGGGGACGGCGGCGGCCAGAGCUGGGGUGGCAGUGCUGGCGGCGGCAGUGGUAGUAGCGGCCGUUACGGGGCGGUGCUGAGUGCAGAGCUGCAGGAGCGACUUGAUCAAUCGCUGCACCAGGACCAGCAAGUGCACGAGAUGUGGUGUACUGGUGUGUCCAUCAUACACAUGCAUGAUUUCUGCGUGGCAGGAAAGCAGCACGCUCAGGCACGCUGGCACGAGCCUUGGCAAUAAGGCUUGGGGGUGGGGGUGGGAGGGGCACAAUGCAGAUGCGGAAGUGCUGCGGUAGGGCAGGCUGACAUGGGCAGGCAGAGAUUGUGGGAUGAUAUGGAUGCGGGUCGUCGAGACGAGGACGGAGGAGUGGCCAGGUGGGUAGGAAUCACCGGAUAAACGCAAUGCAGGGUGACGUGGCACGACUGGGUAUGCAACGUGUGUUGGUGUUGCUGGUGGGGGGGGGGCAGUGCGGAUGCGGGAGUGCGGCGAAUGCACGGGCGAAUAGCUAUGUACUUAUAUAUUUGUGCUAGAGUGCGAUUAUGUGUCAGAGGCGGACUAAAAGCUGGUCCUGGGCCAUGGCCCAGCUCUAUGCUUGCUCCGCGAGCCAUGGCGCGGGCCCUGGCGCGCACUGCUAGCGCCCGCCGAGCAUUUCUACCUUGCAAACUAUAACCUUACAU